GUUAAACAGAAAUACCACACCAACAAACUGUUCAUUCUCUUGCCUUUUUCCCCUCCACCGAGAAAAAAAAGAUCUCCAAAUGAGAAUCUUAUUACUUAUUAGUAGUAGAAAUUAUUAAAUUUUCUUCCCUAAAAAUCAUCACAAAAGCAACCCACUCCACCAUCAACCGCAUUCCUAUUCCCAUUUCCCAUCAACAACACCAACAAUCUCUAUUAUAAAUUUAUAAUGCGUUUACCCCUCCACUUCUCCUCUCUCUUUUCUUCUUGUCCGAUCACACUUAUACUCUUCUUACGCAAUCCCACAGAUUCCUCUUUCUCUUUUUCUCUCUCCUCCUUCCAAUCUCAUACUUUCAACUUCUAGGGUUCUACGCUUCUACGCUUCUAGGGUUAAAUUAAAAUUCGACAAUCAAAAUGGGUAACACAGGUAGCAGCGGUGGCGGUGGUGGUGGAGGUAAUCGGCGGCGACAAGGAAGUCGUCGUAAUCAUGCAGCACCAGCACCUCCACCUCCACCUGCGGCGCCUCCUUUACAGGCGGCGCCGCAAGCGGAUAUUGCACCCAAUCGGUAUGUAUUUGCUGCGGCGACACCGUAUCCUUCUACAGGUUACUACCAGUACCACCCGCCAGCGCCAGGGUACUACCCACCGCCACCACCACCACCACCGAAUUCUGCUAUACCGAUGCCGUUGCCGGCACCGUAUGAUCAUCAUCACCAGGGUCAUCAUCAUGCUAAUUGGACUGCUGGGAGGUACCAUUAUGGACCUGUCAUGCCGCCUCCUGCUACGCCUUUUGUGGAGCAUCAGAAGGCUGUUACUAUUAGGAAUGAUGUUAAUUUGAAGAAGGAGACUUUGAGGAUUGAGCCUGAUGAGGAGAAUCCUGGCAAAUUUCUUGUUGCCUUCACUUUUGAUGCCACUGUUGCUGGAAGCAUAACUAUAAUAUUCUUUGCAAAGGAAGGUGAGGAUUGCAAGCUAACACCGUCGAAAGAAAGCAUACUCCCUCCAGUGACUGUGCACUUUGAGCAAGGCCUGGGCCAAAAGUUUAGACAACCUUCCGGAUCUGGGAUCGACUUUUCUAUGUUUGAGGAGGCUGAAUUGAUUCGGGAAGGCGAUGUAGAUAUAUUUCCUCUCGCAAUAAAGGCUGAUGCAUGCCCAGCUAAUCAGACAGGUACAGACGGGGAACCUAUUCCAGGCAGCACAAACUCACAAAUAACUCAAGUAGUAUUUGAUAAAGACAAAGGGGAAUAUAAGGUUAAGGUGCUUAAGCAAAUACUGUGGGUUAAUGGAAUGAGGUAUGAGCUGCAGGAAAUCUAUGGAAUAGGGAACUCAGUUGAAAGUGACUUUGAUGGCAAUGACCCCGGAAAAGAAUGUGUUAUCUGCUUGUCGGAACCCAGAGACACAACAGUUCUCCCAUGCCGACACAUGUGUAUGUGUAGUGGAUGUGCUAAAGUUUUGAGGUUUCAGACAAAUCGUUGCCCCAUAUGCCGGCAACCAGUUGAGAAGCUUCUGGAGAUAAAAGUCAAUAAUGGAAAUGAAGAAGAAGAGAGCAAUUGAGUUUGCUCAAUGUAAGAUUUCUGUGAAGAUGAUGAGUGUCUGCCACUUUUCUGGAGAAAAAAUAUAUUAAUUUUUUCAUUUACCCCUAACUGGCAAUAUUUGUAGCUUAGAGCUCUUUGUUGCUCAUCUCCAUAGAAAAGCAACAAAUAAGAAAAAUCUGUGCCUAAAGUGCCGUGUGUAGAAAAAUGUACAAGCAUCCAGACUUAUUAUCUUCCGCUUAUGUUGGCAAAUGUAAGUAAUAUAUAUAUAUAUAAUAUAUAUUAAGGUUUUUUUUA